AUGUUUGUAUUCUGUGUCGCCCUUCCAUUGGGCAAAGCCGUCGGGCCAGUCUGGAUAAUACAUGGUUGUCGUUCGGCCGCUACCAGCCUCCUUUUUCCCGAGGAUCUGGCCUCUGCCCUCAGGAUUGGUGUGCUUACUCACUUAUGCCUUGCCUUUUCGCGCUCUUCGUUUACGACUGUUCCCCAUUUCUGUAAGGACUCCCAUCCUUCCGAUCAGCACUUAAAUGUCGGUUGCCUAGCCAGCAAUAUUCAUUCGGAUAACUUGGAUCAUGCGGCUAAAAGCAGAGGAUUGGCGUCUUCCUUUCAGCUUGGCCAUAAGCUCCCAGUCUGGCGAGCAGCAUGCGCUUCAUCCUCCAGCUCUGUUCACGGUCUCUCUGACACACUGCUUGAGCUGGCCUGUUUUCCACCUGCAGCUCGUUACGUCCAGCACUGCAUCCUGCCAAAUUCAUACAAGACCGAAGACUGCAACCCGAUUGGGAAUACGGCAGAGUGA